GGUCAAGCCUUUUGGAGGCAGCCAGCCUAUGGCUUGUAUCAAACUCUAUAUUUAGGAAGAACAACUGUGAGCUAUGACAGGAAUUCUCUUUAACACUUAGCCUUAAACUGAGUUCCCCUCUAGCCCCAAGCCAGGAGCAGCUCUCAGGACUGAAGAGACACAGAGCACUCCAGCUAUUUCAGCCACAUGAAAAGCACUGGAACUGCGAUCCUAGCUCAGACGAUAACGGGAGUUCCUUCUACCUUCUAAGAGCUUUGUAUUUUCGCACCUGACUGCCAGGGACUGUCCACAGGCAGUAAACAAAUCCAGAGAGCAGUUUUCCUGUACCCAGCAGGGUAGAGGGCAGCACUCAGUGUCCUUGUCUCCGUGGGCACCAGAUUCCAAGGAAUAAGACCUCGUGAAUAUGUCAAAACAGCCAGUUUCCAAUGUCAGAGCCAUCCAGGCAAAUAUCAAUAUUCCGAUGGGAGCCUUUCGACCAGGAGCUGGGCAGCCUCCUAGAAGGAAAGAGUGUACUCCUGAGGCAGAGGAGGGGGCUCCUUCCACUUCGGAGGAAGAGAAGAAGCUAAUUCCUGGAGCAAAGAAACUCCCAGGACCUGCUGUCAACCUGUCCGAGAUCCAGAAUAUUAAAAGCGAACUGAAAUAUGUCCCCAAAGCAGAACAGUAGUUCAAAGGGGAGAAAAGGGUUGAUGUGAAGAAUUAAAGGAGAAAAAAUGAAUUAAAAUAAACAUAUUCCUUGAAAAAAUUUUUAUAUAUUUGUAUGACAAUUAUGAACCUCAUGAAUGUCCAAGGCUCUAGCAAAAAAAUAUCCUGUUUGUACAUUUAUAUUUCUUCUUUCUAGUUGGUUACAUUUCUCACUUUAGCUACAUUUUCAGCACCUUGCAGAGCAAAUCAACCCAUGAGUUCACCAGCUGGAGAGUGUGGUUUUAAGGAGAUAUGUGAUUGUAUGGAGGGGGUAUAGCAAUGUGCCUGCAGUGAUUUUGAUGUUAAGUUCUUUAAGUUACUUCCCACAGGCUUUUGGUCAAUAUUUGAGAGGUCUUUUAGUUCUUCACCUUUUAAAUUACCUCAAUUAAGUUUUUAUGAGUUCAAAUAAAUAUUUGAGUAAAUGUAAAA